UAUUUCGAUUUGGUCUCGAAAUUUCUAGUCUCAUGCUCUCAAGUCCCUUCCUUAUCCCUAUCUAGCAUAGCCCACCGUUGUAAAACCCUUCCCUUCCUCUCCUCUUUCUCCUAUCCAUCACAGUUCUGCAAUGGCUUCUUCUUCGAUACUGACAUCAACCUUGAAGCCUCUAGCCAUGGCGGAUUCUUCCUCUUCUACCUUUCUCUCCCAUCCUUCACUCUCCACUAUCAUCAACUCUUCCAAAACUCGCUGCUUCUCUACUCUUUCUCUCCUCACCAAACGCACUAACCCACCCUUCUCCUUCUCCCACCUUUCCCUCUCUCUCAACUCCAAAACCCACCUCAAAAAAUCCCCCUUUCUCUCCUCCCUCGCCCAGACUUCGGAUUGGGCUCAGCCAGACGGGGAGGAAACCGGAGAUUCGAGCGCUUCGGUCGCCGUUGAGGAGAACGACCCUGAAGCCACCUUCUCGGAAGAGGAAGGAGGAGGUGGCGAUUUCCCGGAGCCACCGGAAGAAGCGAAGCUCUUCGUCGGUAACUUGGCUUACGACGUUGAUAGCCAAGCCUUGGCUAUGCUCUUUGAGCAAGCUGGUACCGUUGAAAUCGCCGAGGUUAUUUACAAUAGGGAAACCGAUCAGAGUCGUGGAUUUGGAUUUGUGACGAUGAGUACGGUGGAAGAAGCUGAGACUGCUGUUGAGAAAUUCAACCGUUAUGAUCUGAACGGACGGGCUUUGACAGUAAACAAGGCAGCUCCAAGAGGCUCACGCCCAGAACGCCAACCUCGGGUAUACGAGCCUGCAUUCAGAGUCUACGUGGGAAACCUUCCGUGGGAUGUUGACAAUGGGCGUCUAGAACAAGUAUUCAGUGAGCAUGGCAAAGUAGUGGAAGCUCGUGUGGUUUAUGACCGUGAGACAGGUCGUUCACGUGGGUUCGGGUUUGUCACAAUGUCUAACGAGACUGAACUCAACGACGCUAUCGCUGCUCUUGAUGGACAGAACAUGGAGGGUAGAGCUAUCAGAGUAAAUGUAGCGGAGGAGCGCCCGAGGCGAUUUUAAGAUCUCUUUGUACCCUUAACUCUCUUCACACCUCUUGUGGUUUGUUUAGACGAGAUUCUUACACUCUUUUGGCGAUUUUUUUUUGUUUGUUUGAAGUUUGAACUCUGAGUGCGAAGCUUCUUCUAAAGUAAUUUAUAUGUGAUGGUUAAGCAA